AUGGCGUCAAGGAACUUCUACUACAUCACCAUGCUCCGAGACCCUGUGUCACGUUACCUGAGCGAAUGGAAGCACGUGCAACGUGGUGCCACCUGGAAGACUUCCCUUCACAUGUGUGACGGCCGGUCGCCCACACAGGACGAGCUGCCCACCUGCUAUAACGGAGACGACUGGUCGGGGGUCACGCUGCACGAGUUCAUGGACUGCCCUUCAAACCUGGCCAACAACCGGCAGGUGCGCAUGCUGGCCGAUCUCAGCCUGGUGGGCUGCUACAACCUCUCCACCAUGAACGAGAGCGAGCGCAACCCCAUUCUCUUAGCCAGCGCCAAGAGUAACCUGAAGAACAUGGCCUUCUACGGCCUGACGGAGUUCCAGCGCAAGACGCAGUACCUGUUCGAGCGCACUUUCCGUCUGCGGUUCAUUUCCGCCUUCACUCAGAUCAACAGCACGCGUGCCGCCAAUGUAGAGCUGCGUGACGACAUGCGCAGACGCAUUGAGCAACUGAAUUUCCUGGAUAUGCAGUUGUACGAGUUCGCCAAGGAACUUUUCCUGCAGAGAUACCAGUUCAUCCGCCAGCGUGAGCGGCAGGAGGAGAGAUUGAAGAGGCGAGAAGAGAAACGCUGGCUCAGGGAGCGCAGAGUCAACCAGAACAAACAGCCCAGUGUGGAAAACCAACCUCAGGUCACCACAACUGAGGACUAUGCCAGCCAAGUGGUCCAUUGGUGAUACCUCUUGGAAACAUGCACCGGGACACAGAGAACGUAAUGGCUCAAUUGAGGAAGAGAAGGUCACAUUUUGGGCUCUGUCAUUCAAUUUAGC